AUGGGUGAAGAUGAAAUUCUAAUGCUGCAGUCGAAUGAUGGUCGAAUUGUUACUGUACCGAAGUCUGUGGCUUUAUUAUCGGAAACGAUAGGUCAAGCCUUGGAAAGCGCCAGUCGAACUGAUAUGACUCCAAUUCCGCUCUUUCAAGUCAAUUAUAACACGUUGAAAAAGUUAGUAGCCUGGAUGGUACGUCAUGCUCAGAUUAAUCCAUCGAAAGAUUGUCAGUCAGGAGAAGAAGAAGGAAAGCAUGAUGGGAAGGCUUCUUGCAUUCUCGACUGGGAGCGUGAAGAAUUUGAUUCAAUGGAUCGUAAUGAACUAUUUGCUCUAAUGAAUGCAGCUAAUUAUCUUGGAGUCUCGCCGCUCUCACGGUCUUCAGCAGCCUUCGUUGCCGAGAAGUUGCAGACGAUGAGUGUGGAAGACGCUCGGGAAUACCUGAGUUUGGUAGACGAUUUCACUGAUGAAGAACGUGAUAAAAUACGCCAGGAAACACUUUGGACAGAAAAAAGAUGCUUGUAG